AUGCAGCCGACGUAUUGUUACAAGAGCCUUCCUGGGUUGAAAGAGGAGUUCAGCUUUCCUUGGAUGCGAAACCGACCGAUGACGAUAGAAACAGAGUUGGUGAGAGACUGCUCUUACCUCAAGCCGUUUACAACAGCUCCUCCUGGUUGUGUGCCGUGUGCAAGCAUCCAGCAAAAAGCAGAAGACCAAGACAGAAAGAGACUCGAAGAAUUUGAUGUGCGAUUACAUCCUCGUAUGGCUCCAGGUCGACCAAAAUCCAAACGAUUUUCGAUGACUUAUGUGGCACUUAUCGCCAGCGCUAUUCUACGCUCUCCAGAGAAAAGACUGACCCUCGCUCAGAUUUAUCAAGUCAUCGAGAAAAUGUUUCCAGAGUUCACCGUUUCUAGAGCUGGUUGGAAAAACACAGUUCGACACAAUCUCUCCUUACACGAAUGCUUCGUCAAAGGAGACGUUGCUGCGAACGGCAAGAGCUGCUACUGGCACAUCCAUCCCGCAUAUAUGGCCAGGUUUAGUAAGGGAGAUUUUCGUAAACGCCCAUCGAGAGAGCUUUGCCCGCUUGACGAGCAAAGAGGAUGUGGCCCGCGUCUGCAUUGGGACAGAAUGCAGCCAUGUCCCAUGCCAUAUACCUUUGGAGCAGCUGAAACAAGAUUCGCCGAUCAUCCAUACAUUGGGAAACGUCACCCUUUUACUCAGGGGACGUUUUACUCCGGUUCGUCAAGUACCGUGCAGAAGUCUUGCGCGAGUUCGACCCUUCGCCCUUCUACGGAAUGGCUCAGCGAAUAUAAACCAUAUCCUUACUAUUAUUUGUUUUCACCGAGAAACGCAUCGCUGCAGCCAACAGUUAAGAACACACGCACAGAUAAACCUAUGUGUUCAACACACUGACAGUACUAGACUUAAAAGUUCUAGUUAAAAAUUAAACAGCGCAAGGAAGAUAGAUGCAAACGAAUUCUACAGUUGAAACGUUAUAAAUGCAUGUUAUAUAUUUUUCUUUGUCAAUUGCCUAGCACUCA